AUGUUGCAACUCUACAUUUUUUGGUCUUUAUGCCUAAUUUCUCCAAUUUGGGCUGCUACAUGCACGCGAGUUCAGGCUUGCUCUGCUCAGCUCAAAACUUUCCCGACUUUCGAAGAGGAUGGCUCCGGCUAUGGUUCUGGAAUGAUCCCAUUAUACGAUGAAGUGUUUGAAACAGUGCCUUUCGAUUUCAGCCAAACACCAUAUGUCGAUAAUUUCGAACUUUGCGAAUGUGCUGGAAAUGCCACAUGCGACUCCUCGAUCGAAUCGAGAAACAUGAAAUUAGAUGAAACAACUCAGCUCACAUUCUGUGAAGAUGUGAGCAAGCAGAUAGCCUUACCUUGUUCCGGCCGACGAGGAGUGAUUCGGGUGAUUGGUCCAGCAGAAAGCAGCGGAAUAGCCGUAGCAUCCAUCUCUUCCACUUUGGUAUUCUGCAAUUGUCCGCUCGGAUAUCGGAGGAUGCCGGCUACUAGUUGGGGUGGCGAGCAGCUAUCUGUCGAAUACAAAUGUAAUUAA